AUUGGAAGCAACAGUAGAAAACCAGAGGUCCACGUGGUCACAAUGGCAGCCCCAGACAUGGACGUUAUCAAGGAGGUGCCAGGAUACAAGGUCAUUCUGAAGGCUGUUCUCAAGAGUCAGAUACAGCAGCUGGUUGAGCAGUUGGCAGCGUCUACAGACGAGGAAUCUGUGAUCCUGACAGCCAGUGUGUCUGAUGGGACGCUGAGUCACCUGGGCUCAGACUCUGGCAAGAACUUCCUGGAGGAUCAUGAGGACAUCAAGUCACAGUUCCUGGGCUUCUGUCUCAAACGUCAUCAUAUCAAGAAACAAGAGAAGGAAAGAGAGAAGCAGCAACAGAGAGAGGCCCAGGCCCGUGCUGCCCCAGUUACGCCCCCACGGUAUGCAGGUAUGGGUGGGCCCCAGGGUGGUACCUAUAUGCCCCAGCGCUCACCGCGCUUCAAUGCCCCCCAUCAGCAAGGGCCUCCACACCCUGUUGCGUUAAGGGUCACCACCGGUGGGCCCAUUAGGGGACCCGCAUCAGGGCCGCGCCACGAACCAUAUCCAACUCAACGCCCAGAGAGACGUGGUUCUUCUGGAAGCUAUGAUCAAACUCACGUACCUAACCCUAAACAGCAGCCUCUGCCUCAAUUGCAAAAAAUGCCCAGUGGCCCCAAUGGGCAAGUGAUAAAAGUGGAGGAUGAUGAUGCGGAACAAUCUAACCAAAGUGCUCCCGGUGUUACAAGCCGGGAUAACAGUGAACCUGUGUCUCCUGCAGUAAAGACUUCUUUACGCUCGGAUAUCUAUGAUGACUCGAAAUCUAGUGUAUCUGUUCUUAACGAAUCUGACCUCAAACAGGAUAUUAGCAUUCCAGCAGGCGGACUAAGCCUUGACUCAGACUUGUCUAGUUUAAUAUCUCCAACCACCGCAACAAGUUCAACUUUAACCACCAACGACAGUGUUCAGGAAGGUCACACCAGUGCAAUUCUUGGAGAUUCUGAGGACCCCAAUGUGAGUGUUAAGCUUGAAACAGUGGACGAAGGAGAUAUGGACUUAGAGAUAACUGGCGUGGAGCUUGGCCAGGCCCUGGGGCAAGCCCCUGGAGGGGAUCCCAUGGGGUCCCAGGACUGGGGCCAGGGCAUGCAAGGAGGGGCGGCAGGGGGACCUGGCGAUAUGGCAGGAUACAUGACAAGCACCGAAAGACAUCUUCUGCAAGGCAUCUGCAACGAGACCUACGCAACCCAUUGCUAUUCCGAGAUGGCUUUCCCCACGUGGUCACCCAGGCGGGGCAAGAGGACCAGUGUUUCUGCCCAGCAGACACCCAUGCAGUUGAACGUCCUUAAUCAUUUUGGCGACAUUGAGAUUCAAUGCAAGAAAUGUUCGCUCAGUCUGUCCCAUGUGAUGAGAAGCCAGGGCGAUGAGUUUGUUCUGGCAUGUCCUGCAUGUGGUGGAGCCCUGUGUCAUCGAAUGGACAACAAAAUUGUGUUCUACAUAUAUGAUGUCAGAGGCAACAAUGGCGGUAGGCUGGCCAAGGAUUGUAUAUACCACUGUUCAUACUGCAACAAGUUAUGGAAAACUCGGGCCAAACUGGAGCGUCAUGUACGAACACACACAGGGGAAAAGCCAUAUCAGUGUAAGCUAUGUGGGAAAUCAUUUACACAGAAAGAGAGCCUGAAGUGUCAUCAGUGGACGCAUAUGAAACAAUGAACAGCAGGGCGAUGUUAAACUGCAUAAGUGUUUGGAUGUUUGAUUGUGAACUUCAGAAAAAUGUUUAACUUCCUAAGUGCUUGAAUGUUUGUGAACUUCAGUACAAUGUUAAACUGCAUAAGUACUUUGCUGUUUGUGAACUUAAGUAAACUGCAUUAGUGCUUGGUUGUUGAACUUUGAAUAGCAGAACAUUGUAAAACUGCAUAGGUGCUUGGAUGUAUGUGAACUUCAUCACACUGUUAAACUGCAUAAGUGCUUGGAUGUAUGUGAACUUCAGAACAAUGUUAAACUUCAGAAGUGCUUGGAUAUUUGAUUGUGAACUUCAGAACAAUGUUAAACUGCAUAAGUGCUUGGAUGUUUGGUUGUGAACUUCAUUACAAUUUUAACUGCAUAAGUGCUUGGUUGUUUGGUUGUGAACUUCAUCACACUGUUAAACUGCAUAAGUGCUUGGUUGUUUGGUUGUGAACUUCAUCACACUGUUAAACUGCAUAAGUGCUUGGUUGUUUGGUUGUGAACUUCAUCACAAUGUUAAACUGCAUAAGUGCUUAGUGGUUUGGUUGUGAACUUCAUCACAAUGUUAAACUGCAUAAGUGCUUAGAUGUUUGGUUGUGAACUUCAUCACAAUGUUAAACUGCAUAAGUGCUUGGUUGUUUGGUUGUGAACUUCAUCACAAUGUUAAACUGCAUAAGUGCUUGGUUGUUUGGUUGUGAACUUCAUCACACUGUUAAACUGCAUAAGUGAUUGGAUGUUUGGUUGUGAACUUCAUCACACUGUUAAACUGCAUAAGUGCUUGGUUGUUUGGUUGUGAACUUCAUUACAAUUUUAACUGCAUAAGUGCUUGGAUGUUUGGUUGUGAACUUCAUUACAAUUUUAACAAUUGCUUGGUUGUUUGCUCGUGAACUGCAGAGCAAUUUGAAACUGCGGAAGUGCUUGGUUGUUCAACUAAUACUAAAUCUGUAUAAACAAUUAUCCCUGUCAGUUGGCGGCUUUUCUUGUCUGGCUUAUUAUUUUGUUGUACUUAAUGGUGUUUCAAAAUAAAUUCACACAUAUGUUCAACAAAUCAAGACAAUUUGUUGCAUGCAAAACUAUGUCGCUCUCUUUAAGGUCAAGGUCACUUGACACUAGAGUUAGUGCAUAGUCCCUAUAACUUCACAUUCCCUUUUGGCUUUAACUUUGUGGUUCAUUAUGGGAUUUCAAAAUAAAUUAGCACUAAUAAUAAUUGCAUCUGGAAUGUGUUGUUUGAAACAUCCAUAUCUGUUGCACCAAGGUCAAGGUCACAGUUUACCCUUGAAGUUGUGUAUAGUCCAUAUAUUGUAUUAGUUAUAGUAGUUGUUCAUGUGACUUAAAUUCUUUUUCUUGUUAGUGUAUUGGCAAAAUUUGUCAUUUCAAAAUUACAUGGGUUAUGCAUAACUAUGGUGCUUGCUUAAAGGUCAAUGUCUCAUGUGUGAAAUAAACUUUAUAGGCAACAACUGUUACAAAGGUUGGGUACAUACAUGCAGUAUAAAGG